GCUCAUGAACCCAGAGCACUCACACACGCAGACCCUCUUACAGAGUGAACCUUGUCUUCUCCUGUGUUCUCUGUUAUUUGUGUUGAGGAAAUACACAAAAAGCUUUUUUUCAUCGGAAGCUGCAGGUUGGUUCCUUGUUUUGUUUUUUCAUCAAGCUCUUGAUACAACGAAAGAUCACCACCGACUGACGGGAUGGGGUUUGGCGCACCAGGGUUCGCCACAUCUGCGAGCGGUGGCCCCAUUCGCCUUCUGUUCGACAGUUUUGCUCAAUUCUGCCACAACUUCACUGAGGGGAAUAGCGGCUCAGGAAAUGGAGCUCAAUCUAACAAACCUAAAUCUGAAGAACAAGCAGCAAAAAGUGAAAAAGUAAGAGAUACGGAUUCAUCUGAAUUGGAAGGAACAUUCGACGUGGGAGCCAGUGGAAUGUAUAAAGAUGUCCUCAAGAACCACAGGCCAUUCUCCAGGGGCCCUGGGAACCCUGGGCACAAGGGGGUAGUUGAAGCGGAUCACAUGCCACCCAAGGACUCCCUGAAGAAAGCGGCAGAAGAGCCUUUGAUUUGGAUAUUGGGAGAAAGCGAAAAAUUUGAGGGGCUUUUGAAAAUGUUGCAGAAGAAGGAUCCAAUCGGGAGGGAUCUCUUCACCCUACAGGUCCUCACGGGCCAACACAGGACGGCUCUGACAACCGGCAACAGUAGAGAGUCUGUGGCCGUCAGGGCUGUUCUCGCACAUACAUUUGCCACAGGACAAGUGGUGUCAGCGCUGAAGCAAACAUUUUUGGUCAGCCACCCAAUUUCUUCCAUGGAAUUAAGAGAACAAGCAGGAAUUCAGAGGGAUCGCCCGGAAGAAAGAUUUGGAAGGGAUAGAACGAUGAGAAUCUACAGAGAUGGCUUUCUGGAAAUGAUCAGGUUUUUCUUAGAUAGAAACAUCAUCGAUGUCGAAGAGCUGUUAGAGCUGUGGGACCAUGUCACAGAUCAUUAUGGCGAAGAUGGCGACUUUGACAGACAUUCCGAUGAAUACGAUCUUCUCAUUGAAGCCAUUAUAGAAUCAAAAAAAUAGUGGUCUUUCUCGAAUUUAGCUUUGGAACUUAUCGGUUGUUGACCAGAAAAGAUUGUUAGUUGCCAUCAAAGUAUAAUGAUAAUUGCUUUUUAACAAACUGAAGAUGUGUGUGUGACAAUGACAAAGGUAGCCUACUUUAAUCUAAAAAUGUAAACAUUUUCACCAUGAAGUCUAAAAGGAAGCUUGCAUGGCCCUUUCCUUUAUUGUAUCUUUGUGCAAUCCUACAAGUUAAAUGAUGUGUUAAAUCUGCAAUGGCAUUUCACCGCUUUCAACUACUUGGCAAGUUAUAAGCUUUAGCUAUAUUUAUUUAGUAUAUGCUUACACGUGAACCUCCUAAGAUGGCGCAAUUUGAUUGGUUUGCUACCUUGGGAUAUUGGGCAAUAUCCCAUGAUUGACAUCUCAAACGUGAGAUAUUGUUUUCAUCGCAAAAUGUCCGUCUCGUCACGCUAAUAAAAACAAAUAAAUCCUGGCAAAA